AUUCCUGUAAUUCUCUAGAAACAGAAAAUUUGGACUCAGAUUACUGACAUCUCAGAAGUAUAAAGAGAAUUAAACAUCAAUGUUUGGCCUUGGUCCAUCAUUAACCAUGAAGUAGUAAGUUUUAAUUAACUAAGCAGUCAGCAUUUCCCAGAAGUAAAUACUGCUUUUUUUUUUGUCACCAUUGUAAUAGGAAUUUAUAGGGGGGAAAUGGGAUAAUGUUUAUCUUCAAGUUAUUGACUCAGAGAUAAGUAGCCAGCCUUCAGCAUUUUUAGAUCUCUUGCUGAUGUAAAAUUAGUGUUUCCCCCCAACAAAGAUGUACCAUUUUAGCAUGUGAGGAGGAAGGAGGAGGAAAAUCAUCAUCAAAACUAGGUUCUAAUGCCACAAUUCUGGUUUGUUUGAUCUUCAAAGGUGGUAAUGCUCAAUUUAGAGCUCACUCAUCUGUGGAUUUCAUGAUACUGCCUUAUUUUAAAAGCACAGUCUGUUAUUUAUCCUCAGGGCUACAAGUGAACAGGUCUCAGAAGGCUCUCAUAAGGACAUCUUUUCCAGAGAAAUGGUUGAACCCGUAGGCAAUCAGUAUGUUGUGGCCAGGCCAGUAUAUUCAGAACUCUCUUUUGAUGAAGAACAUGAGAAAGUGCAUAGAUAUCAUAAAACUUUUCUGGAUCACCUCAGAUUAUGCAUUAGCUGCACGCCACAAAAAGCCAAGAAAAUUGCUUUUAAUUUUUUCCCCAUUAUUUCUUGGCUGCCUGCAUAUCACUUUAAGGACUGGAUUCUCAGUGACAUUGUCUCAGGGAUUAGCACAGGACUGGUAGCUGUUUUGCAAGGCUUAGCCUUUGCUUUGCUGGUAAAUAUCUCUCCAGGCUAUGGACUGUAUUCAGCCUUUUUUCCAGUGGUUAUAUAUUUCUUUUUCGGUACUUCCAGACAUAUAUCAGUUGGUCCCUUUCCUGUCCUGAGCUUAAUGGUGGGAGAAGCAGUUUUAAGGAUAGUCCCAGAUCAACCUGUGAACAACAGCACGCUGACAAACAGCUCCUUGAUAGAUCAACAAAGAGUGGUGGUGGCGGCAUCUGUGACUGUGCUUGCUGGCAUCAUUCAGCUGCUGUUGGGUAUUUUACGGAUUGGUUUUGUAGUUAUUUAUUUAUCUCAGUCGUUAAUAAGUGGAUUCACCACAGCUGCAGCUAUCCAUGUAGUAAUGUCCCAGCUGAAAUUCAUUUUUCAACUUCCAAUUCCUGGAUAUAAUACACCACUGGGAAUUAUAUGGAUCCUUAGAGAUUUAUUUGGGCAGAUCAGGGACACAAAUAUUGCAGACCUCGUCACCUCGCUCAUCAUCUUAAUAAUUGUAUUUGCGGUCAAGGAACUUAAUGAGCGUUACAAAGCAAAGCUUCCAGCACCUAUCCCCAUUGAACUCAUUGUGACAGUCAUAGCAGCUGGCUUAUCCUAUGGCCUCAAUUUCAAAGAAAAAUUCAAUGUAGCCAUCAUUGGAAACCUGGAGAAAGGAUUUCAGGCUCCUGCUGCACCUGAUGUGAACGUUCUCCAAAGCUGUUUGGGUGACGGUUUCUCCAUCGCAAUUGUUGGCUUUGCAGUAGCCUUUUCUGUGGCUAAAGUGUACUCCAUCAAGCAUGAUUACCCCAUAGAUGCCAACCAGGAAUUAACUGCCUUUGGAGUGGGCAACAUCUUUGGUGGUAUAUUCAAAGGAUUUGCUGCCAGCACAUCUCUGUCAAGGUCUGGGGUUCAGGAGAGCACAGGAGGCAAAACACAGGUUGCUGGAUUACUCUCAGCCAUCGUUGUGAUGAUUGUCAUCUUGGCCAUUGGUUUUCUCUUGGAGCCGCUUCAGAAGUCAGUCCUUGCAGCUUUGGCUCUUGGUAAUUUAAAGGGGAUGCUGAUGCAGUUCAAAGAGAUAGGAAUUUUAUGGAAAAAGGACAGAUAUGACUGUCUUAUCUGGGUUGUGACCUUCCUGGCUGCUCUUUUACUGGGGCUGGAUAUUGGGCUAGCAGUUGGACUGGGAUUUGAACUCUUGACUGUCAUAUUUCGUGCACAAUUUCCAAAAUGCACACUUUUGGCUAAUAUUGGAAGAAAAGACAUCUACAGAAACAGAAAAGAUUACACAGAUAUCUAUGAACCAGAAGGAGUCAAAAUUUUCAGAUGCCCAUCACCAAUCUUCUUUGCUAAUAUUGACUUCUUCAAGGAGAAACUGACUGCAGCUGUUGGUUUUAAGCCACUGAGAGUGCUACGCAAGCGCAACAAGGCUUUGAGGAAAAUCAGAAGGAUGCUGAAAAAAGGAGAGCUUCAGGUGACACCUAAAGGUUUUCUUUGCACUGUUAAUGCUGCAAACGAGUCAGAUGAAGAGCUAGACAACAACCACAUUGAAGAACUGGAUCAGCCAAUGGAUACCAAAGGCUUGCCAAUUCAGAUAGACUGGAACUCUGACCUGCCUCUUAAUAUCACUGUCCCAAGGGUUGACAUACAUAGUCUUAUUCUCGAUUUCGCUGCAGUUUCGUUUCUUGAUGUGUCUGCACUGAGAGUCCUUAGAGAGAUUUUGAAGGAAUUUGUCCGGAUUGAUGUGGAUGUAUAUAUUACAGGAGCGCAUGAGGGCGUUUUGGAUAAACUGGAAAAAUGUGGAUUUUUUGAUGAUGAACUUAAGCCAUCCAUAUUUUUCCUUACCAUUCAUGAUGCAGUUUUAUAUAUACUGAUGAAAAAGGAUCUUGCAGACAGCAUGCCAAAGUUCAAAUCCAUUCCGGAAAAAGAAAAUAAAGACCAUUAUAUAAUCAAUACAAAUGGAACACUACGCAACCGGGAAAUUGUGGUAAGGGACACUCAAGUGCCUGAUAUGUUUUUCAGUCAGUCAGUUUAAGGGCAUUUUGGGAGACAAGUAGCUCCCUCAAAAGGCCCAAGUAGAAAGAGCCUUUUUUCUCACUGUCAUGCAUCAGGAUUAAAACUGAGGUACAAAUUGUGACAUAUUUUCUGACCCCAGUUUAAAUUCUAAUUCAUAUGUUCUAGUUCUUAGCAGUUCUUUCUGCUAAGAAGUCCUUUGUCCCUGCCCACUACCUUUUCUUUUAUGUUAGCACUAAGGAAAGGAGUACUAACAUACUCUGCCAUUACAUUUGUGCUGAUGCUUGGCCUUGACACACAUUUCCUAACUGCUUAUUCAUCACCUCUGUUUCCUGAGAAGGAAAAUAGCAUGAACUAAAUGUCAGCUCUGAGGUAGUCAUAUGCCUGUGAUUCCCCAUACAGUAUUUGAAUACUGUCUGUAGAAGAU